AAAAUAUAUACAUGGAGCUUUACCGAUCAUUUCUAGAUGAAUGCAACACUUUUGUUGUAGGAAAUUUUGAAUACAAACAUAUUCCUUCUCAAUCAGUUUUAUAGUUGUGGCAACAGUGUGAUAUGAUUUGUUUUCCAUAUUUGAUUUCCGCUUUUUGAUGUUCCAUGUUGAUAUGACAACUUGACGUAUUAUAACUUAUAACACUAGUGUCCCCUUUUCAAAAGUUGAUAGGUCCUAAAAAAUCUAAAGAGAAAUAAUUUUAGAAUUUCAGAAUUGUACAUAUACAAGUUGUCGCGGAGUAGUGUUUAUUGACGGUUUUGCAUCUAAUCUAAGUUUUUCACAUAAGAAAUAAUGUCGGACUUCAAUAUUGUCAUAGUUAUGACAACUUUCAAUUUAGUUGUGUAAAUAAUGUUAUUAGAAAUAUUACCAUGGACUUUAAAUAUAGUGUUCCUAUCAUUCCACAUAACUUAAGCCAAAAUGAAACAGUUGUCCAGAUAGCGGAAGUCUUGGAUCAUUUAUCUAACAUAACAGACACAAUAUUUCAGCAUGUUAACAAAAAACUGGAAGUUGACCAAAGUAGAUUAUCUAACAUAUCUCAACGAUUAGACGCAGUAAAGGAUAAAGUCAACAAGCUACGGGACGUUAAAAAGGCUAUACAAGUUUUUUCCAGUAGCAGGUACCCGGCAAGUAAUGUAAACAAAGAUUAUGUAUCUGUAUUCCAUGACAUUACACCUGUGGAAAUCAAGAGACACAAAGUAAAGUUCAAAAAUUAUAGCUCUACCUCACAUGAACCACUAGAAAAGUUGCAAAUAUACCAUGUCAGUGAUACCUGCGAAAAUGGUGAUAAAAUAAAUGAUGUAGGUAAAAUACGAACCAAUGUACAAUAUGUUAAUGAUUUGAGUACCUGUGGAACUGAUAUUUUCAAGAAUCUUCCCACUAGUGAUGUAACCAAAAGCCCUACAAACACCAGUGAUAUUCUAGAGCUGGAUGAUGCACCGUGCUCCAUAAGUGAGAGAUCCAUUUUGAAUAAAUCUAUUGUCCAGAGUCAGAAUUUUUUCUACACACCCUCAAUCGGAGAAGUGCCUUCAUUAGAUGUGCCAUUGGAUUUACCAGACUUACCUGGUGUUCCUGAUGAUCUAAAUUAUGAUAACAAAGAUGAAAGUUUUAAUAUUGCACCAUCCAUUCUCUUAUCUUCAACAUUCAUUGAUAUGGACCUGCCUAAGAUAGACAGUGAUAGUAUUAACAAAGAAGUCAUACCACAAGAAAUUCUUCCUCCUCCUAUAAGCCAGGAGGAGCUAUCCAAGCCUUCCCUAAAAGAAGAAGAGCCUGUACCACAAGAAGUAAAAGAGGAGCAACAAACAAGUGUUGAAGUUGAAGAAACAUCUGGAGAUACUCAAACAGACUCAAAAGUAUCCAGUUUAAAAAUAGAGGCACCCAUUGUCAAUGAUGCUAGGUCAAGUCUCAUGGAAGCCAUAAGAAAUAUAGGAGGUGUUGGAAAAGCCAAAUUGCGACAUGUCGCAGAUACUGAGAAAGAAACUGCAUCUCCACCUGCUGCUAAGGUGAUACUUCGGAUACCACGUUUUUUUCUAGUUUUAUAUUGAAUAUUUGUUUUUUAAGCAAUUCAUAAUGAAAACAUGAGUGCUUGAGAGAGCAUGGAGUGAUUGCCUUGAUGUUUCAGAGUGGUGAUUUGAUGACUGACCUCUUCAACAAGUUAUCCAUGAGACGUAAAGGUAUAUCUGGUACUAAACAAGCCACUGAGAACUUAGACCCAGGAUUAACUCUAGGAAGAAUGGCUGCUAUGAUACCACCACCUGAGCCUGAGGAUGAUCUAGAAUCAACAUCUAAUGAUGAAGAAGACUGGGAUUGAAUUAAAUGUUGUAAUGUUCAAGAUAAAUUUUUUAAAAAUAUAUUUUAGAUUGCAUUUGUUAAUAAAUUUUUGUAUGUGCUGUUGAAACA